AGCGGGAGUUCUGAGGCCUAGCGGGAGUUUGAGCCGCGAUGCCCGAGUAUCUGCAGGACCCGUCGGUGCUGACCAAGGAGCGGCUGAAGAGCGAGCUGAUCGCCCACAGCGUGCAGCUGCCGCUCGGGGACCAGCGCAAAGAUGUCUAUGUGCAGCUUUACCUGCGGCACCUGACGGCGCGGAACAGCGGGCGCGGCGCGGACUUCUCCAGCGAUGAGGAGGCGGACACCGGAGUGGGGGCGGCGGCUGCGGGGGCCCGAGGCCGGGGCAGAGCGGGCAGGAAAGCCACAAAAAAGACAGAUAAAACCACUGUGGAAGAGAAAGAGUUCAUUGAGGUGUCUGAUUUGUCAGAUGAAGAUUUAAAAGAACAACUUAUAAAAUAUGGAUUUUCUGCAGGUCCUAUUGUGGCCACCACAAGAAAGGUUUAUGAGAAAAAGCUGGAACAGCUGAUGGACCAGGGCUCAGUAAUUGAGGAAAAUCAACCAAAUGGGAGCACAGAUUCUGAUCAGUACAGUGACACAGAGGAAGAGAUUGUAACUGAAAGGAAGGAGCUGUUUACAAGCAAGACCAAAACUCCUGUAAUAACAAGGCAGAGAAAAACCGAAUAUAGUUGGGUGGAACAAAAGGAAGUUGUGAAGGACAAUAUGCGAGAAGACAUGUUCCCUGAUCAGGCACCAACACCUACAGGGAUCAGUGCCACUUGUCGUAAACCAAUCAGAGGAGCUGCUGGGAGACCAAUUGAGUUCACUUACAAGGACGCACUUCCAAGGAGGCCUUUACCCAAAAUCCAGCCAGUGACACAGGUCAAAUUGGAAAAGAGUAAAAGUCCGCGUUCUGUCUCCAUCUGGAUACAGAUUGUGGUGCUUCUCAUCGUGGCAUUAUUUCUGCUCUUAGUUUAUCAAGCUAUGGAAACAAACAAAGGGAAUCCAUUCCCUGUCAUUCCUGAAGGUUCCUCAAAAUCAGCGGCUGGCAGUCACCAGUGAGCAAGAUGGUACAGGAACUUUAACCAUUGGUACAUCCUGGAGUUCAGGUGUGAACGAACAGUUCUGCGUUCUUUUUACAUUGGAACAGAGAUUGAGGGUUGAGGGAUUAAUAGGAGGAAACUGAACAUCUGACUUCUUAAAGAUGAACUAUAUCAGGUCUCUGUCCCAUAUAAGGAAACAGAAAAUUCAUUUUAAAAUUACAGCCUCAAACAUUUUUGUAAAAUAUUUUUCUAAGUUCUGACUUUUUUCACACUUUUUAAAAACUGAUACAAUUGGCACAAUGAGGAUAACGAAGAUUUGAAGAGAUACUGCAGUGUGUUUUAAAUUUUAAGUCAUCGUCCAUAAAGAUUGUAUACAAAGUCAGUAGUAAUGUGGAAUCUUUCAAACCUGUUGAGGCAUGAGGUCAAAAGUCUGAGUUCUAAAAAUAAUGCUGUGAUCUAAGUGAUGUUAGUUGAAUUGUGGUAAAAUGAGGAUUAAAAUAGAAUGAAAGUUUUCUGCAUUACUGCUUAAAGCAGGAAGUACAUUUACUGCAGCAGAAUAUGUUUGAAAAUAAUGGCAUCUUUCAGUUAGCAAUUUAAUUGGAUAAAAUUACAAAUCUCAUCAUGAGCCUAGGCACAGACAUAUCAGGUUUUCUUCACCAUUCGUUGCUCUUUUCAGUAUGAUGUUUUCAAACAGCCAUUUACAAACGUGUAUGUACAGUCAUAACAUAGACUUGUGUGUUUUAAUUGUUUAGACCUGUCGUCUUAGAAGACCUAUUUAUUAGCAAUACUAACAUUCAUAU